CUGUUCCCGGCUAUGGCUCCGCGCUGCUGGCGCUGGUGGCACUGGUCGGCGUGGCCUCGGACCCGGCCGCCUCCCGCCGGGAGCACCCCGAGCUUCCGUCAGCAAUUCUCCACACAGGAGAAGACCCUCCAGAUCUGUGUGGUGGGCAGUGGCCCAGCUGGCUUCUACACGGCCCAACACCUGCUAAAGCACCACAGCCAGGCCCACGUGGACAUCUAUGAGAAGCAGCUCAUGCCCUUCGGCCUGGUGCGCUUUGGUGUGGCGCCCGACCACCCCGAGGUGAAGAAUGUCAUCAACACGUUUACCCAGACGGCCCACUCUGACCGCUGUGCCUUCCGGGGCAACGUGGUGGUGGGCAGGGACGUGACGGUGCCAGAGCUGCGGGAAGCCUACCACGCCGUGGUGCUGAGCUAUGGGGCAGAGGACCAUCGGGCCCUGGAAAUUCCUGGUGAGGAGCUGUCGGGUGUGUUCUCAGCUCGGGCCUUUGUGGGCUGGUACAAUGGGCUUCCUGAGAACCGGGAGCUGGCGCCAGACCUGAGCUGUGACACAGCCGUGAUUCUGGGACAGGGGAAUGUGGCUCUGGAUGUGGCCCGGAUCCUGCUGACCUCACCCGAGCACCUGAAGAGAACAGAUAUCACGGAGGCCGCCCUGGGGGUACUGAGGCAGAGUCGGGUGAAGACUGUGUGGAUAGUGGGCCGGCGUGGACCACUGCAAGUGGCAUUUACCAUUAAGGAGCUUCGGGAGAUGAUUCAGUUACCAGGAGCCCGACCCCUUUUGGAUCCUGUGGAUUUCUUGGGCCUCCAAGACAGAAUCAAGGAGGCCCCCCGUCCGAGAAAGCGGCUGACAGAACUGCUGCUUCGAAUGGCCACAGAGAAGCCAGGGGUGGAGGAGGCUGCCCGCCAGGCUUUGGCCUCCCGUGCCUGGGGCCUCCGCUUUUUCCGAAGCCCCCAGAAGGUGCUGCCCUCAUCAGAUGGGCAGCGGGCAGCAGGCAUCCGCCUGGCAGUCACCAGACUGGAGGGUGAUGGUGAGGCCACCCGGGCAGUGCCCACAGGAGACAUGGAGGACCUCCCUUGUGGGCUGGUGCUGAGCAGUGUUGGGUAUAAGAGCCGCCCUAUUGACCCCAGCGUGCCCUUUGACUCCAAACUCGGGGUCAUCCCCAAUAUGGAGGGCCGGGUUGUGGAUGUGCCAGGCCUCUACUGCAGCGGCUGGGUGAAGAGGGGACCCACAGGUGUCAUUGCCACGACCAUGACCGACAGCUUUCUCACUAGCCAGAUGCUGCUGCAGGAUCUGAAGGCUGGGCGGCUGCCCUCUGGCCCCAGGCCUGGCUAUGUGGCCAUUCAAGCCCUGCUCAGCAGCCGAGGGGUCUGGCCAGUCUCUUUCUCGGACUGGGAGAAGCUUGAUGCAGAAGAGGUGUCCCGGGGCCAGGGUGCUGGGAAGCCCCGGGAGAAGCUGGUGGAUCCCAAGGAGAUGCUGCAGCUGCUGGGGCGCUGAGCCAGAUCCCAGCCCCCGGCAGGGAAGGAAAGAGUGCUCUGCAGAGGAGAGGGGCCAGGUCAGUCCAAGCAGGACUCUGCACCCCCGCUGCAUCGCUGCCCACCCUGGCUUGGGGGCUUGGCCACAUCACUUCCAGGGGCCUGUAAGCACACCCUCCUCCCAGAAGGUUGCCCUUGCCACUAUGGGUUUAGCUCUCAGCAAGGAGGUAACCUUAGUUAGGGAUGGGUGGAGCUGCAGGCUGACCUUGCUCCCUUCCACAUC